GGGGAGAGGGGACCGGGACCCCUCGGUUCCUCGCGGUGGUAUCGAAUCAGCACUCAAUGCCGUUAAUUUUUGCCCUUUUAAAAAAAAUUUAAAUGGAUGAUACUGGUAAUUCUUGCGGAUUUUGCGGUUUGCUGUUGAAAGAGCCCCUGGCAACUGAUUAGGUGUUGCUGUGGUUGUGUCAGGAUCAGCCCGGGAGGAGCCUCAGCCCUCCCUUCCUCCAAACACAGCUGAAAUGCAACUAAUUUUUCUUUUAUUUAAAAGAAAAUAAGUAGAUAGUACUGAUAUUUCUUGCAGGUUUUGUGGUUUUCUGUUGAAAGACACCCUGGUAAAUGCUUAGGUUUGCUGUACUCACGUCAGGAUCAGCCCCAGAGGAGCCUCAGACCUCUCCCUCUCAGCACAGCUGAAGUGUAAUUACGUUUUGCCUCUUUUUUAAAACAAUUUAAAUGGGUAGUAUUGAUAAUUCUUGCAGGUUUUGUGGUUUUCUGUUGGAAAGAGACCCUGGUAACAGUUUAGGUUUCCUGUAGUCACAUCGGGGUCAACCCCGGAGGUGCCUCAGACGUUCCUUCCUUCAUUUUUGCCUUUUUAAAAAUAAUUAAAUGGGUAGUAUUGAUAAUUCUUGCAGGUUUUGUGGUUUGCUGUUGGAAAGAGACCCUGGUAACUGAUUAGGUUUGCUGUAGUCAUGUCAGGAUCAGCCCCAGAGGAGCCUCAGACCUCUCUUCCUCCAAGCACAGCUUGUGUUCCUGAUCCUGCUCCCGUCGCUGGAGGCCCAAGUGACGUUGCCUUUGGUGAGCAAAACCUUAGCUUCACCGCCAAAGACGUCAGCCUGGUGGAGAUGACGGAAAUUGAGUAUACCCAGCUGCAGCGCAUACUUUACUCACAUAUGGAGGCACAAGCUAGUGAAGGUGAAGUGGAAGCUAGACUCAAUCCUCUCCCUUUGCCUGGCAGUUCUGCAGACCCUCCUCUGCACCAGACCUCACAGAACACGGGUCAGGAGGGGUAUUCAUCAAACAGCUCGGGGAACCAGGCGGUUUACCCAGUUGUCUGUCAGUCAGGGUUACCUCCUGACAGCAAUUUGCUGAGUUCAAACCCACAUUUGGGCUAUGAUGACUUCCAGGAGCUCAGAAUGAUGUUACUUAGCGAGUCUAACCUUCCCUUGAACCAAACAGAUAGAACGCCCAAUGGUAGCUCUGUAGAAGGCCCAGGACAUGGUUUAGUAAAAGUUAAGCAUGGUGAAAAUUUUGUUCAGAUGAAUAAAGAAAACAUACUUGUUGAAAAUUCGGCACUAGCGCCAGAGCCGAGAUCUAAAUCUACAGUCAGAGUUCGUUUGGAAGACAGAUUCAACAGCAUCCAGAGAGAAAACCCCAGAUGUCAAGAACCCCAAGAAUCUGGAGUAACUCGUAACAAUUUAGUAACAUUGAUUCGACAGCCAUCAGAGUUGAUAGGAGUUCCUCUCCAUCAUCAAGAAAACAAGUGUCCUGCAUUAGGGAAAAAUCAGACUGCACCUACCACACCUUCUUUAGCUCUCACAUACCCGUUAUUUACUGUGAACACAUGUUCUACCACUGGAAGUGCUAAUCCUUCACAAGCACAGACUUCUGGAACGUCUUGCACUAGUUUGGAAGCUGCCAGACACCAAGACCUUGGCGUACCCAAGACAUUAUCUAUCUGCUAUCAGGAAAUUCAGUCCACAAAACUGACAGUAGGUACGAUGAAUAAAGCUUUGCCUGAGGAAGUUUGGAUUAAAGUUGGAGACACUUUAUCCAAGCAAGUGAUCAACAGAAGUUGCAGCCGAAAAAGCCCUUUGGAUACAAACAUAGAUUGCAGAGCUCUUAGUGAAAUUAAAAAUAUGCAUGAGGAUAGCCAGAGAAGCGCAUCUUCCGUGAGUCCGUGGCAGUCAGUGCAGUCAAAUUCAAGUGUGCAGAUGCAAAGUGUUACACAGGACGGAAUCACUCAGCGAAGAGAAAGGCAUAACCGCAUGGAGAGAGACAGAAGGCGCAGAAUCCGGGUUUGCUGUGAUGAGCUGAACCUUCUGGUUCCCUUUUGUACUGUUGAUACUGAUAAGGCAACAACGUUACAAUGGACAACUGCGUUUCUGAAGUACAUCCAGGAAAGGCACGGUGAUUCUCUGAAACAGGAAUUUGAGACUGUGUUCUGUGGUAAAACAGGCAGGAGAUUAAAAAUAGCAAGAUCAGACUCAUUUGUAACGUGUCCAGUGCAGGGAAACACGCAUGGCUAUGGAGACGAAGUAGUCUGAACUGCCCGCCUUGAGCUGUAUGACAAGCGUGGCUAACGCACCGUGGCCCAAACCGUAUUUAUACUGAAUACGAAAGGUGAACUUUCACUUAUAAAAAUAUCAAUAGAACUUUAAAGUAAACAUUUCGAAAUGGAAAUGAAAUUUAACGACCAGCAAUAGCAAUCAGUGCUCUGUUAAAGGGGCUUUGGGACCAGAAGCAACAAGAAAAUAUUGUGACAGCUAAGUUUCUUCCUCCUAAGUUAUUAAAAAAUCUGUUAUUUUUCUGUUUGUGGUUCUGCUUUGGGGUUUUUUGGUAUGUUUGGUGGUUUGGUUUUUUUUUUUUAAAGACAAUCCAGUACAGUUAGGAAUAAUUAUAGAGCAUCAGUCUGCCCUGUUCUUUUAAUGACUAGACACAAAUGUACUCAAGUGUAAAAAGAAAUUAAAGUUAUCUUAUUAUAAUGCUAAUUUUUUUUGCCUUAAACAUUUAAAGGCUAUAUUGGUUAAUUGAGUAAGUGCAAAUUAGCAGCAUAGAUUAGAAACUACGUAGUUCUUAUUUGCCAUGCUUAUUUUAACAUACUUGGCCCUGAAGUGUAAUACAGUCAUGUUGGCAAUUUUUUUUAAAUAGAGUACUAUUUUUAAUGCCCAUCACACAACUGUCCGACAGGUUCUUGUAUUGUUACUUUUGUCCAAGGGUGGUGUA